GAGGGACCCGUGGCUGAAGCGCACCGUAAACCUGAGCUCUGUGGCGUUACCUUCCAGUCGUCCUGUCAGCGUGAACCGCACCGCCGAGUGUAGAGAGACCGCUUUCAGUGAACACAUCACACGUUUGCAGCUAUGGAGUGCCUCAAAAACUGCUGCAAAAACUUCAUGAAGAAAAAGUGCAAGGAGCAGGAGACCCAAGUGAUCACACUGAAGAUGCCUCCUAACAAGGCAACGGCAUCAAGAUGGGAGUCAGAUGAAAAUAGAAGGGGGGUCACAGAAGACUACCUCCUGUCCAAGCUUCCCCCGGAUGGCAGAGAGGUGCCGUUUGUCCUGCCGACUUUCAAGGCCUCCUAUAUCCAACCGAGAGGCUCCCGCUUCCCCAAUUUACAGUCUGGGCUGCAAAGUUCAGCCCGGUGCACGUAUGCCGAGAGGAAGGCAGAGCUGUUGGGCUCCCGUCCCUGCGCCGACGCCCCAAAGUCCAGCUGCUAUCAGGGUCAGAUGGCUGAGUACAACUCACCUGGCUCAACUCGCCACAGCACACUGAAGAACAGAAACUCCAGUACACAAAGCCCAGGGUGGAUCCUGAAGCAUGGGGCCCAGCAGCGACUGAGCAGCUCCAUGUUUGAUCUGUCCAGUCCUCAGAGUCCUGUGCAGCGCUUUGACUCUGAUUCCAGCAUCCUCAGCAGCACAUCCUCAGUGAUGGACUCCAUUGAAAGCAGCCUGGAAUCCGUCACCCUGUCUGUGGAGGAGCUGGGGAAGGUGUGUGUCCGCCUGAGCUACCAGGAGGCUCUGGAGCAGGUGUGGAUCACCCUGGUUCAGUGUUCAGACCUCAACCUUCUUCCUGACGGAGCAGAGCAGCAAAAGAUUGGAUUUAAAGGGAUCAUCACCAUCCCCAAACCCAUACAGUUCAAGAGCUCGAUCAAGGAGUACAAUCAGGAUGUGUCUUUCAUGGAGACCUUUGUGUUUGCACUGCAGCUGCUGCACCUGCGCUGUAGCGCCUUGGUGCUGCGGCUGCAGACCCACAACCCCAGGAAACGCACAGUGGCAGAGUGCGUCCUCUCACUGCGACAGCUUGGUCCUCAGGAGACAGAGCACUGGCUCGACCUGAACCUUCCGUCCAAGUCCUCAGUGUGCCGUUCUGAGCUGUAUGUCACCACCUGCUUUCAGCCGGUCAAUGGACGCAUCCAGCUCCAGGUCCUCGCUGCCCAAAACCUCCCAGCAUCCUCCUCUCCACUCACCCAAGCUUUUUUUGUCAAGGCGGAGCUGCACCAGUUGGAUCAGGCGGUGAUGAAGAAGAAGACUCGAGUUAUGAAAGCCUCGGGGGGUCAGUGUCAAUGGGCAGAGACUUUUCACUUCCCCCUGGCUGCUUUAGACCACACCUGUUCGCUGUCAGUCAAACUCUACAGCCGCAGCUCAGUCAGGAGGAAACGGUGUCUUGGACAGGUUCUGCUGGGAUUUGAUAGCUGCGUCCCAGAGGCUGUGGAGCAGUGGAAGGACACAAUGGCUCAUCCAGAGAAGGUGGUGGCAGCGUGGCAUAGACUGAGCCCUUCAUAAACCACAUUCCUCACGUCCUCUUUACGCACUACAGACGUAAUGCUGUCAUGCUGCAGGUCCACCUGUGUCUGCUUGCUUUUCCAGUCGGCCGGCCACUGUCCUGUACACACAGUCGACUGAUGUACUGGACUGUAAACUACUGAACGUGCUCUGAAUGUUCUGGGAGAGCAGCUUUCCACAGAGAUGCAUCACGUGCUCAGCAAUGAGGUGUAUAGGGUUUUCAAACAGAGUGUAGGUGAUGGAAAAGAUUUCCUUGUGGUAUUUUUGUAGCAAAACAAGGAUUUUUCUUUAAAAACAAUAAAACCUGUGGCUUAGUCAGCAAUAAUUCAGUCACAUAUCAUUUUAGCUUUAUACAGUCACAUGCCAACACAGCUUUUCGUGAAAACCUCGUCACUCUGUAUCAGCUGGUUACGAAGUUUACAGUCAGAGAACGUGACCAAACUUACUUUAUUGGAAGCUUCAUGUUAUCACUCUGUAAAUAAGACCCAUAAUAAAGGAUAAGGCUGUUGAUAUUCAGUAAUAUUCUGAAUGUUAGCAAACCCAUAUAAAGACCAAAGCAACGCUACACUAUUUUAUUUUUUAGUACUUUCAGACUGAUAAAUUUUAAGUGUAUUUACUUAGAUAAAAAAAAAAAGAGUAACUUCAUGAAACAGCUGGACAUUGUAGUUUUUAGCAAACAUUACUUGAACAGGAGUAAAUAGUGUAACUGUGGGGACUACUUUUAGACGUGGAUGAAUACACAUUUGUUCAGCUAGUAAGUGUUUCCAGCAGCAGGAUGGUGCUGUGUGGUGUGUUCUGCGUUUGGACGCAGACUUGUUAGUGGCAUCAGUUCUCUGUCGAUUUUGGUCUGUUUUGUUGACAAUAAGAAACAUGUAGAAAAUCACCAAACUUUCUCUUUAAUUCCCCAGAAGGUUAGCUAAAAGGUUUAAUUUAAUUUUACACAGGAUGCAAUGUAUGUUAUUUACAACACCGCAGUAUAUGUACCUCUACUGUAGCUGUACAGUUAUGAUGAAUGCUCUUAUUUAUGUAUUUAAUGUUUAAAUGUUGAACAUUUAGUGAUUUAAACAAGGUGUUGUUUGAAAAUGUGAAGUUAAUUUGCGUGUUAUAAUAUAUGACUCUAAUCUGAAAAUGCCAUUUGGUCUUUAAUAGAACCCGGAAUAACAAAGGGAUUUAAGUGAAAUGGGACUCUGUCUUGUUUCUAACACAUGAAACGAAAGUAGACCAAGGACUUAAGAUUGUACAUAUUGCACACUUUCCGUAGCCCUUGCAAGUUAAGUCAACAACCACAAAUCACUGGCUCAUAUGUCACUUUUAUUGAAGAGUCCACUGGGUGAGAAGGUUCAAA